ACUCCGACCCUCGGACGCGAGCGGGCUCGCCGAAGGCUGCCGGAGAUGACGUCACACGCGCGUUCCUCGCCUGCUGCGUGCGAAGAAGCGAGCGAGAGAAAACGAGAGCGAGGGAAGGACGAGCAGGAAGAGCAAUGGCGACACUGGCUCGCCUCACACCGAGUCCGGGUACCUUCCUCAGCGAGCCUUGGUCUUCGUUCGUCGGUGCUGCUCAACUGCGUCUCGUUGACUACUCGCCUUUGAAGGAGUUCCACGGAGAGCUUGUCAACGAAGAAGAGAUGCUCCACCGCCGUCUGUUUCCAGUGCUGGAGGACUUUCAUCUUGUUGUCUGCCAUGUCUGCAAUCAGGUGGUCACUCCUCAGGCCUUCCUCACGCACUACGGUAGUUGGGGUUUAGUUUCGCAGUGAGACAGAGAGCAAGAGUCCUGGACCACAACCCCACCCUCCAUCCCCUCCCCACCUUUGCUCCCACAAAGACAUGCAUAGCAAGAACCAGAAGCGCCACAGCUCUCCCGUCCCUUCCAGGAGCCCGCUGGUCCUCAUGAAGGCCAAAGCCCCCGCAGCGGCCCCCGCCGUGGGAAGCGGGCCCGAGGACGCCCUGGCCUUUCGGAUCCCUAAAGACUAUCCUCACUCUCGCUUCAGCAAAGCGCCGCUCGCCGUUUAUCCUCCCAAGGGGGCUCGGAGCAAGUCAUGUGUAUCUCUUCCUGUUGUGAGCUUGGAAAAGAUACCCUGCCUCAGCCGAGCCAACUCGACCUCACAAGUCCGCCUCGCCGCCUCGUCGUCUUCCCCCUCUUCGUCCCCUCUCAAACACCCGGCGCUCCCGGCCGCGGCCUUCUCCAAAGAGAAAAUACCGAACGGCCGCGGUAGCGCGGGGCCGUCCACGCCUCGCUCCUCCGCGUCGCCGUCGUCCCUGGACACACGCACCAGCCCGGCGCGUUCUCCUCCCGAAAGGCGGCCGGCGUCGUCGCUUUCCCCCUCGCCCGCUCACAGGUCAUCCUCUCAGCUGUCGUCGCUGUCACCUUCUGAGAAAAAGAAUCAAAACGGCACCAAGGCCUCUUCCAGGUCCCACAACAGGCUUUCAGGAAGAGUAUUUGACCCAAAUAAGCACUGUGGCGUCCAGGACCCUGAAACCAAACAGCCGUGCACGCGCUCCCUCACCUGCAAGACUCACUCCUUAACCCACCGCCGGGCCGUGCCUGGCAGGAGGAAACAUUUUGACCUCCUCCUGGCCGAGCACAGGGGGAGGACCAAGGAGAAGGAGAAAGACAAGGACGGUUGCAGCCCGAGUGUCGGCUCACAAGACGUCGCGUCUCCCAGCAAGUCUCACUGCCCUAAUGGACGUGCUCUGUCCUCACUGAAAUUGAAGCUGGCAAGCGCACACAUACCCAGGGUUCCAGGCAUCACCACCUCAGCUCCUCAACUUCCGCCACCAGCACCCUUCCCUGUCCCGGGUCCCUUCUCCGUUCCGGCCUCCGACCCGGAGCACUCGCCCCAACCUUGGACAGCAACAGGAGGCGGGGACGGCGAGCGGCUGUCCAGCGACGAAGGCGACGCGCACACUCCCGAAGACGCCCACGCGCCUGUCUUUCACUUCUCUAAAGUCCACCCGCAGCCUUCAGGGUUUUGCAUAUUCAGCAGCAGGCUCAUGGGACGAGGCCACUACGUGUUUGACAGGCGGUGGGACAGGAUGAGGCUGACGCUCCAAAACAUGGUGGAGAAGCACCUCAAUGCACAAAUGUGGAGAAAGGUUCCGCUUGCUGCAGAGAGCCUGGCCUCCCUUUCGCCCUCCGGCGUCACGUCCCAGCGGGCCGCCCUUCCCUCUCCUGCAUCGGACACUCGUCUGCCUUUAACCGCCUCGUCCGGUUCCGUCUCCUGCGGUACCUCCUUCCCUCAUCCCGCAUCUUUGCCUCGAAGUUUGACCUUCAGAGACACCCCGCAGCCAGUUUCCACUCUGGGAGCGUCCCAACACAGCGCGCACAGAGCCGGUCGCUCCACCAAAGAGAGAGAGGACUCUUUCGCGGGAGCUAAGAGGAAAUAUUCUUCCUACUCCUGCUCCUUUCGAAACUGGACCAGCAAUCAUCCGCCGUCGCAAGGAUCAGGCGGGCCGGACGCCACCCCGGCGAGGAAAAAGGGACACGGUCGUGAGGGAAACGGCCUUUGGAGCUACAGUGACCACUGGUUAUCAAAAGCGGAUUGCUCACGCGGUCAUAACUCAAAUAACAGUGAUCUUGGCAACACCGGAAUAUCCUACCCCAGCAGCAGGGAGCUGACAGCCGCCCCCUCCUCCGGAGCAUUGAAUUAUGGGCAAAAAGCAGAGGGGAGGAAGAGGAAGAGCGAUGCCUCUUAUGAAGGGAAGACCGGCAACAAGCUCAACAGGCUGGGCGGUGUGGACGGCUUCUUUGGGAACGGGAAUGACAGCGAGUCCCAAAGACAGGCCAAGUUGCAUCACUGACACCUGUAUGGUAGAAUGUCUGGCAGUCACCCCACCCAAACCCCCCACCCCCCACCCUCUCCCUCCAAAUCCCUUUAUUGACAGAACCAAUCAGACUGCCUCACCCGUCUGACGUCUCCGAUUUACUUCAGUUUACGGCAGCAAAAGCGGGCUCGGGACUCUUGGGCCACACGUUCUCGCCCGCUUGUUUUCACCCUCCGGUUCCAAUUUCGGACGACGUUGACGGAAAUUAAAGCGAGGACAACGGAGUCCAAAUGCCACGUUCAGAAGGCAAUUUAUUUUUCCACUUUUUUUUUUUUUUAAGAGUUUGUUUGUGGUCAGCUGUCAAGGAACUACUACAGGACUGGAACAUCAGCUUCAUUUAUUUCAUUUUUUUCCCUCUCGCAAUCUUUGCUCAACGGCAAACUUUUCAGUUGGGUUUUAGCCAGCUUCUUCGGCCUCUUACCUUCCCUCCCUCUCUCUCUCUCCCUCCCUCUUUUUUUUUUUACUCCCCAUUUUAUAUGAAGCGGCUUUUUACGCGGACUCUCUUUGGAUUCUUUUGUCCCGUGUGCAUUGUGUACACCCAGCAUGGCUGUUUAAAGUGCUCUUACUGCCCUCGUCCUCCCUCGCAGCAGCUUCCAGCAGUGCCACACUAAGACCCCCGUCCACGUUUAAAAGAAAAAUAUAUAUUUACAGGAAGAAAAAAUGUUAACCAAUGAUGCCGUUCAAAGGGUUGAAUUUCAAUAUAGGUGGAAGUCUGAGCUAAAGGAAACAUUUUUUUUUUUUAAGCUAUUUUAACAGAUUUUCUCGUCUUUCUAGAGUGCGCGUACCAUUUAUGGUGGGCGCUAAAAGAAUAAUUGUCAUUUAGAAGAAAUGCUGAAAGUAUUAUUUUUUUGAAAACGUGUAGAUAUCUUUUCAUGAUUUCUGUUUUGUAUUUAUUAUCUUCCCCGUUUAUACUGAGCUGCAGAAGGGAGGACUUAAACAGCUAUAUAAUUUGAAUUCAGUGGCCUGUUUUUUUUUUUCCGCCCCAAAAUUCACUAUAUUUGUAAUUUUCUAUAUUUUAUUUUCACGUUUUCUUUGCUCGAGUUCCAACUUACGUUGCUCAAGUUCCAGUGUGUCUCUAUUGACCAUUACCCAACACACUUCUUCAUCCAUGCACUAUUUUCAGUCGACGCACAAGCUUUAUUGAAAGAUAAAAGACGGGAAAAUAUUUCAUCACCGCUCCCUGCAGUUACUUCCUCUUCCCUCGCUUCACCGCGUUGCUCAUCGCGAGCGGAACGGUGAGAACAUGCUAUUAAUGCUCUCGCGCGGAACGUGUGACGCGUCCGUUUGUCAUCACGCCACCGCCCGGAGCUCAUCAUACAACAGGUGCUUUUUAAUUGAGAGUAAGAGAAUAUGAAAAUCAUCUUCAACUUCAGACCCGUCUAUCAGUAUUUCAGCUAUUUCCAACGUGAGUGCCCUUUUCAAGAGUAUUAAAGUUCAUUUAAUGUUGACAUAAAAAAAUCUACACGCACCUGUUCCAUUCUCAGGUUUUUGUGAUAUAGGAAAUGAAGAAUAGUCCACCAUUAUUGUGACCUAUAACCUAUAACUCAACAGGGAAGGGAAUUCUUUUCCAGAGAGGAAAUAAAUAUAACAGAAAUAAUGUGAUUUCACAAGUUUGCACACAGUCAGAAAAGCUUCACUGUAUACGGUGGCAGGUUUGGGCCGAUUCCCGUUUACGUGGCUUUGUAUGAUUGGUUAAUUUAGAACACAGCCAUAUCCUUGUCAUAAAAGGGUGUGUACACUUGUGCAACCACAUUAUCUCAACCGUUUACUUUUACAUACCCUCGUAAAAAAUAAAAAAUUGAGUUUAACUUGUACAGGCCACAUUGUCGAUACGGUCUCCCACAGAGUGCCCUUAUGACUGUGAAACCAUAAAAAACUUAAAUCCCCUGAUCAUAUUUACACCUGAAAUUUGUGAACUAGUUUUGGAAUCAAAAAUCAAGUGAAAAUAAUUUUUCUACAAUUGUUCAGACAGACACAAAAAUGCCUGUAAUAUUGCUACUUUUUCCAUAUAAUUGAAAUUUUGGUACAGAUUUUCACAAGACUCAUGAAAAUUAAGACACGCUUUGUCUUUAGCGGGGCACAUAAAAUCAUGUGGCGGGCCGGGUUUGGCCCCCCCCCGGGCCUUGACUUUGACACCUGUGUUCUACACGUUUAAACAGGGGUGUGUAGACUUUAUAUCCACUGUAGCUUGUGGGAAAACUGUUUUGCAUUUUAUUCCAAAGAAAGGUCUCACAUUCCUAUGUUCAUCACUGCUCUCCACAGUUUUUUUUUUUUUUUUAAGAUUGAUCCCAGUGUUAAGUAUAUUUCUUGUUUUUUUUUUUUUUUUUUGUUUUUUUUGAGGGCGAGGAGGAAAACACUGUGUUAAAAACAUACGUCCGGCCUAAUGUUCAUAGUCUGGGAGCUUCUCAACUAAGGUUUAUUAUCUCGUCCUUAAUAGGAACCCCAAUGUGAGGUGAUAUUAUGACAAUGCAGCUAAAACAAUGACAAAGUUCACAAACUAUUUUCUUUUUUUUUUUUUUUUUUUUGUACGUCAUUUAUCUUUGCUUGUUGUUAACGCUUCCCUUUCUGUGGUGUUUGCACUUUGGAACAAAAUCUUUAACCAAGUUAUAUAUAUAUAUAUAUAUAUAUAUAUAUAUAUAUAUUUGACACGUUCAAAGUCACAAAAUUUAUAUUUGUACGUCUCUGGCAACUGCAGUUUAAAAAAAAAAAAAAAGGAAGAGUUAUAAGAACAACAACCUCCUCCUGAUACCAGCGCACUGUUCUUUUUCUUUUUUUUGUUUCAGGAUGCAAACUGUGGUAAAAGUUGAAUGUCUUGCUACUCGCCUUGUUAUUAAAUGCAUUUAUUUCACUGCCGUCAGAGCAGUUGUUUUACAAAAAAAAAAGAAGCUUUUAUUAAAUAACUUAAGUGUGAUGGUUUUCGGUGGGGAGAAUUAUUUCAUGUCAAGUACAUGGUGAAAACAACUUUUUUUUUUACACUUAUUUUGACAUUUCCAUGUCUGCAGUUUCAUUUUCUAGUGUUCUUAAAGGAAGUGUGGCUUAAGCCUCAUUACGUCAUGUCUGCUUGUAUGCAGGUAGUUGGAAAAAAAAUAUUUAAUGUAAGAAAAAAAAAUCAAAACCUCAUGCGAGGAAUUUGAAUGAAAUUACUCAAUUCCUUGAACUGCUAUUAUUUUGAAAUACCCGUGUUUGUGUGAACGUGGCCUUAAAGCGGCAGCAAA